CCAGAAGUGCUCGCUAGAUUACCAGAGAUCUAAGAGCAGCGAUGGCAGUUACUAUCACCAGGCUAAAACGGUACGAAAGCUCUUUUGUGUCGCAUAAUGACCAAACAGGGAAACUCGAGUCUCACAAGGAGUGCACAAGCUGAACAUGGGAAGGCAAGUUCCCAAAAAAUCUUGCUGCAUGUCCGGGAGGCCGGAAGGGCUGCGGGAGCCGUGGCUCUCAUUCCGCGGUUAGGGUUCAAUCAUAUUGGCUGCAGUUUUUCAGUGGAAGUCGCACCUGUAUGUAUUUAUGAAGUUGGGAAAAACUAUUCCUACAAUUUUGAUGGUUCCGGUCCAGCUUUUCAACUUAGAAAAAAAGCUUCUCCCUUCUACAGCUUGGAGGUUUUCAUUUAGGUUAUGGAGAGAGAGUGGGUAUUGAGCGGAUCCCAGCCUCAUGUAACAGUUUGGGCUUAAACUCAGCUGACUUGAAUCCAAGAAACUGCAUCACCUUGGCAUCUUAGGAUUCCGAUCAUAGGCCCAUCUGUAUAUUCCAAAAGAAAAUGAUGCUCAGUUAUUGAAAGGUUCCAAAAAUCCUACUUCCUUCAGAUUUGUGGUGAGAGGUUCAGCCGUGCUGGACCACUGCCAUCGAUGAGCGAUCUCACCUUCUGCUAUCAAAGUGUAAUUUAUCCGAGUGGACGCCGCCUCUCUCAGAUACAUCUGAGACUGGUUUCACCCCCAAUCAUCACAUACUAUAUUGUAUGUCCGACUGUCGCUAUGGUGUCUUUCUGACAAUGGAGCCACACUAAAUUAUUGGGGUAUUUGGAAAGCUGUUGACAGUUGCCAGUUGUUUAAUAUCUGAGAAUAAAUAAAUAAAUAAAUAUAUAUAACACACACAAAAGAACAAAAAACAUACCAUACUCCCAACUCUUCGUCAAAAUGUUCUAUGAUACUAUCCCCCAAAAGACUAUUGGGAAUUCCGGACGCGGUGCCCAGGAAAAAAUACGUGUUGCACUUUAUGUCCAGAAGGCAGCAUUGCAAUUCAUUGACGCUGUUAGUGCAGCUGAUCAUCAUCUUUCAGAUGAGGUCCAAGAAGCUGGUUUUGGUAUGGAUGCAAAUGAACUGGCAUCCGUUGUUAGAGGCCAUGAUGCAAAAAAACUGAGAUUGCAUGGUGGGGUCGAUGGAAUAGCCCGAAAACUUGCAGUUUCUUUGAAUGAUGGUGUGAGCGAAUCAAGCUUGGAUGCCAGGCAAAAGAUUUAUGGGUUCAACAGAUAUGUUGAAAAGCCUCCAAGGAGCUUCUGGUUAUUUGUCUGGGAAGCAUUGCAUGACUUGACGUUGAUCAUUCUGAUGGUGUGCGCAGUGAUAUCAGUGGUAGUUGGAGUUGUUACUGAGGGAUGGCCCAAGGGCAUGUAUGAUGGAAUAGGGAUUAUUCUCAGUAUAUUCCUGGUUGUUCUUGUUACAGCAGUCAGUGACUACAGGCAAUCUUUGCAGUUCAGAGACUUGGAUAAAGAGAAGAAAAAGAUUUUUGUAUAUGUAACCAGAAAUGGGUACAGACAAAAGAUAUCCAUUUAUGACAUAGUUGUUGGUGAUGUUGUUCAUUUAAACAUUGGAGACCAAGUUCCUGCAGAUGGCAUCUUCUUAACGGGUUAUGGUCUGGUAAUAGAUGAAGCAAGCCUCUCAGGAGAGAGUGAACCAGUAAACGUAGAUCAGGGAAAGCCUUUCCUUUUGUCAGGAACAAAAGUGCAGGACGGAUCAGGAAAGAUGCUAGUUAUGUCUGUUGGCAUGAACACAGAAUGGGGAAAACUGAUGGAGACUCUCAGUGAGGGUGGAGAAGAUGAAACACCAUUACAAGUAAAACUCAAUGGUGUUGCCACAAUAAUUGGAAAAAUUGGCCUCUCCUUCGCGGUCCUUACAUUUUUGGUAUUGCUGUGUCGAUUCUUGGCCGACAAGGCAAUUUCUGGAGAGUUCACAAAGUGGUCAUCGCAAGAUGCCCUUUUGAUCUUGAACUAUUUUGCAGUUGCAGUAACAAUAAUAGUUGUCGCAGUGCCAGAAGGUUUGCCGUUAGCCGUGACUUUGAGCCUUGCCUUUGCAAUGAAGAAAUUGAUGAAUGAUAGGGCAUUAGUUCGGCAUCUGUCAGCAUGUGAAACAAUGGGUUCAGCUACGUGCAUUUGCACUGACAAAACAGGGACGUUGACAACCAACCAUAUGGUGCUCAACAAGCUAUGGAUUUGCGAAGACACUCACAUUGUUAAAAAUGACUCGUGGAAUGAAUCCCUAUCAUCAGUACAUGAAAGUGCAAUGGCAAUCUUCCUGCAAGCAAUCUUCCAUAACACUGGUGCCGAGGUAGUUAGGAGCAAAGAAGGGAAAAGAAACAUCUUAGGGACACCCACAGAAUCAGCAUUGCUAGAAUUUGGAUUGCUAGUAGGAGGUGACCCAGACACAGAGCAACGUCUGACACUGGUAGAAGUUGAACCUUUUAAUUCUGUUAAGAAGAAAAUGUCAGUAAUUGUGGCACUUCCUGGAGGAGGGUUCCGUGCAUUCUGCAAAGGAGCAUCUGAGAUCAUCUUGCAAAUGUGCGAUAAAUAUAUUGAUUCCACUGGCGAGUGUGUGUCAAUGACAAAUACACACGCAAAGAACAUUAUGGAUGUCAUAAAUAGUUUUGCAGGUGAAGCAUUGCGAACACUGGGCUUGGCUUUCAAGGACAUGGAUGAGAAAGGUAAUGAGAUUCCAGAAGAUGGUUACUCCUUAAUAGCUAUUGUUGGAAUCAAAGACCCUGUGCGUCCUGGAGUCAAAGAAGCAGUUGAAACAUGCAGGGUUGCUGGCAUUACUGUGCGGAUGGUUACAGGAGACAACAUAAACACAGCCAAAGCAAUUGCAAGAGAGUGUGGCAUACUGACAGAUGAUGGUUUGGCCAUAGAAGGGCCAGACUUCCGUGAGAAGGGCCCUGAGGAGCUUAAGGAGCUCAUUCCAAAAAUUCAGGUAAUGGCUCGUUCUUUGCCGCUAGACAAAUACAAAUUUGUAACACAACUUAGAUUAGUACAUAAAGAAGUUGUUGCUGUGACUGGAGAUGGUACUAACGAUGCACCUGCUUUGCAUGAAUCGGACAUUGGACUAGCGAUGGGUAUAGCAGGAACGGAGGUGGCUAAAGAAAAUGCAGAUGUCAUCAUUCUGGAUGAUAAUUUCAGUACAAUUGAGAAUGUUGUUAAAUGGGGCCGUUCAGUUUACAUUAACAUUCAGAAAUUUGUACAGUUCCAACUGACUGUUAACAUUGUCGCGCUCAUAGUCAAUUUUGCUUCAGCAUGUAUAACAGGAACUGCACCGCUCACUGCUGUCCAGCUGCUAUGGGUCAACAUGAUCAUGGACACUCUUGGAGCUCUGGCUUUAGCUACGGAACCUCCAACUGAUGAAUUGAUGCAUAGACCUCCUGUUGGGCGUGAUGAGAGUUUUAUCAGCCGGACCAUGUGGCGUAACAUCAUUGGCCAAGCAAUUUAUCAGCUUAUAGUUCUUGGAGCACUGGAGUUUGAUGGCAAGCGGCUUCUGAAAUUGAGUGGCUCUGAUGCAGAUUCUGUGCUCAAUACCUUUGUAUUCAAUUCAUUUGUGUUCUGUCAGGUGUUCAAUGAAAUAAAUAGCCGAUACAUUGAGAAAAUAAAUGUUCUCGAUGGCAUGUUAAGCAGCGGCGUCUUCUUGGCAGUCCUGGUGGUCACUGUGGCAUUCCAGAUAAUAAUAGUGGAAUUUCUGGGUGCUUUUGCCAGCACCGUGCCAUUGAGUUUGCAGUUGUGGUUGAUUAGUGUAGCAAUUGGCAUCGUAAGCAUGAUAGUUGCUAUUUUUAUUAAGCUAAUCCCCGUUGAACCAGCAGCAAGAAAGUCAGAGCACAAGCAGGGCUAUAAGCUGCUUCCAAGUGCCCCUCAAGAAACUGAAUCACCAUGAAAAAUGAAUAAGGAUCACCAAACAGGCGAUGUUCAUAAUUCCUUUCAGAUAUAUAGCAGAAAAUGCCAGUGCUGACCUUUCAGCCGUCUGUUAGAUGAUCGGAGUAACACAAGAUUUUGAGCAAUCUUUUGGUUUUCAGACUUGAAGAGAUCUAGGGAGUGGUAUGACACUAUGAUGUGAACAUUGUAAUUUUUUAGGGUCCAACAUCCAUCUCCGAACUAAGGUCAUUUGCAUCAUCAACAAAUUUGUCAUCUUGUCUUGUUCAAGAAAUCACUGGCAGAACCGAGCAAGGUCUCAAAAGCACACAGAUUAUAUUUUCUGGCAAAGUGGAGAAUGAAGGGAAGAGAAAAGGUUUUCGCAUAAGGAGGCAGUCGAAACAAUGGAAUAAGAGAAACAGGUCAUGAAACAUGCAGCUGUACCUCAGAAAAAACUGACAGGUCUAACUGAAGUUUAUUCAAGCUCUUCCUUGAAAGCGCCUUGAACAUGACUUCCUUGCAUGGCACGGUUGAACACUAAAUUGAAAAGAUAGAAGAAUAAUUUUCUAUUGUCACAUGACGUAAAUGCACCUCUAUGCAUUUGAGUGAUUCUUACUGAUGCAUUCCACUGAUUAAAUUGUUACUGUGCUUAAUACAAAAACCUUCUACAUUUGUUCUA